AUGGCGCAGUUAUCAGCAACAGAUUUCGCCAACAUGAAGGUGGUAGACCUGAGGAAUCUGCUCGCUGAAAGGGGCCUCCCGACUACAGGAAAGAAAUCAGAGCUCAUAGAGCGACUGCAGCUGGGGUCUUCUGCUGCUGCUAGUGCAGCACCCAGCAGCAGCAGAGGGUCUGGGGGGCCCUCUACGGGGGCCCCCGGUGGUGCUACACCAGCAGCAGCCGCAGCAGCAGAUGCAGCAGGAGUAGAUGCAGCAGCAGCACCAGCAGAAGCAGCAACGGGAGCAGCAACAGCAGCAACAGCAGCAACAGCAGCAGCAGCAGCACCUGCAACUUCUACUACGUGUCUGCCCACCUCCUCAGGAUUGACGUCCCCUGCUGCCCCCGGCGCAUCUUCAUCAGUGGUCAUUAAACCCGAUAUGACCGAAGAAGAAAAACUCGCUGCUCGCAAAGCCAAGUUUGGCAUUAAGAGCGAUCAAGACAAACUCAAAGAAAGAGCAAAGAGAUUCGGCCUCUUUGACCCCGCGCUGGAAGAAGAGAAAAAGCAACAGAGGGCACAGAGGUUCGGCAUGUCGACGGGGACAGCUGCGAGCAGCACCGCUAAUGUAGGAUCUCUUGUUUUGAUUAAUUAA